AUGCUGAAAUUCCUCAAGGGAGUGGUUGGUGGAUCUGGGACGGGGCUCAAGGAUCUCCCUUACAACAUCGGCGAACCUUACCCUUCCGCCUGGGGCUCUUGGACUCACCAUCGCGGCACCUCCAAGGAUGACGGUUCUCCAGUGUCAAUCUUCUGCCUCUCUGGAAGUAGUGCACAGGAUGGACAUUUAGCAGCUGGUCGUAAUGGGGUUAAGCGUCUUCGAACUGUUAGGCACCCUAACAUUCUAUCCUUUCUUCAUAGUACCGAGCUUGAAACUGUUGAUGGCUCGAUGUCCAGGAUUACUAUAUACAUGGUCACUGAGCCAGUCAUGCCACUUGCUGAGAAGAUCAAGGAACUUGGUCUGGAUGGCACACAAAGGGAUGAGUAUUACGCGUGGGGGCUGAACCAGAUAUCUAAAGCUGUCAGCUUCUUGAAUAAUGAUUGUAAACUUGUUCAUGGUAAUGUUUGCUUGACCAGCGUGGUUGUCACACCGACCUUGGACUGGAAGUUGCAUGCUUUUGAUGUCCUAUCAGAAUUCGACGGGAACAAUGAAAAUGCAAAUGGGCCUAUGCUGCAAUAUGAAUGGAUGAUUGGAGCACAAUACAAACCAAUGGAGUUGGUGAAGUCUGAUUGGGUUGCAAUCAGAAAAUCUCCACCUUGGGCUAUUGAUGCUUGGGGUUUGGGCUGCCUUAUCAAUGAACUCUUUUCUGGUACGAAAUUGGCAAAGACGGAGGACCUACGCAGCACUGCAGCCAUUCCUAAGUCUUUGCUUCAUGAUUAUCAACGACUAUUGAGUUCUAUGCCUUCUCGCAGGAUGAAUGUAUCAAAACUCAUUGAGAAUGGCGAGUACUUCCAGAAUAAAUUGGUGGAUACCAUACAUUUUAUGGAAAUUCUUACCCUGAAAGACAGUGUUGAAAAGGAUACAUUCUUCCGAAAACUUCCUAAUUUAGCAGAGCAGCUCCCUCGUCAAAUCGUACUUAAAAAGUUGCUUCCUUUAUUAGCUUCUUCCCUGGAAUUUGGCUCUGCGGCUGCCCCUGCUUUAACUGCAUUGUUGAAGAUGGGUUCCUGGCUUUCGGCUGAAGAAUAUACUCUCAAGGUUUUGCCAACAAUUGUAAAACUUUUUGCCUCCAAUGACCGUGCUAUUCGAGUUAGUCUACUUCAGCACAUUGACCAAUAUGGGGAGUCAUUAACUGCACAAUUAGUUGACGAGCAGGUUUAUCCUCAUGUUGCGACAGGGUUUUCUGACACAUCCGCUUUUCUUCGUGAACUGACUCUUAAAUCCAUGCUUAUCUUGGCCCCUAAGCUUUCUCAUCGAACUAUUUCAGGCUCCCUUUUGAAGUAUCUGUCAAAGUUGCAGGUUGAUGAAGAACCUGCAAUUAGAACAAAUACCACCAUAUUGCUUGGAAAUAUUGCAAGCCACCUGAAUGAAGGGACAAGGAAGAGAGUUCUAAUAAAUGCUUUUACAGUCCGUGCGUUGCGUGACACUUUUUCUCCUGCGAGGGGGGCAGGAGUAAUGGCUCUGUGCGCUACUAGUUCUUAUUAUGAUGCUACCGAAAUAGCAACUCGGAUCCUUCCAAGUGUCGUUGUACUCACUGUUGAUCCUGACAGUGAUGUUCGGGCAAAGUCAUUUCAAGCUGUUGAGCAAUUUUUGCAAAUUGUAAAGCAAUAUCAUGACAAGGCAAGUUCAGGAGAUGAUGAUAUGACCAUUGGAAUGUCAUCUAUUCCAGGAAACGCUGGUUUGCUCGGAUGGGCUAUGAGCUCUUUGACCCUGAAAGGCAAGCCUUCUGAACAAGCAGCGCCACUUGCGCCAGCAAAUUUGGCCGCUCCUCUGACUUCUGCUGCCUCUAAUGCCAGCUCUGUGAUGGAUACACAAAGUACAGUGUCGGAUCAUGCAAUGUCUAGCAUGGAUUUUGCUGAUCAACCAGAGCCUGGGUCACCGACUUCAACUGAUGCUGAUGGUUGGGGAGAAAUCGAAAAUGGAAUUGGCGAAGAUCAUAACGUUGAGAAGGAUGGUUGGGAUGAACUUGAACCAUUGGAAGAGCCUAAGCCAUCCCCGGCUCUUGCAAGUAUUCAAGCUGCUCAGAAACGGCCAGUUGUUCAACCAGUGUCACAGGCAAAACAGCCAGCCACAAGUUUGAGACCAAAAACAACGGCGAAGCCACCAAGAGAUGAAGAUGAUGAUUUGUGGGGCUCAAUAGCAGCUCCUGCUCCAAAAACCGGAUCAAAACCGUUGAAUACUAAACCAAGUGCUUCGUUCGACAACGAUGAUCCAUGGGCUGCCAUCGCUGCACCUGCUCCCACCACGCGGGCAAAACCAUUGUCGCUUGGGAGAGGACGAGGUUCCAAAACUACUGCACCGAAACUAGGCGCACAGAGGAUAAACCGAACAGGGUCGUCGGGUGGUAUAUAA